AUGCUAGUCAACGACCGCCUGAACAAGUUCAGGUGCCGUCUAACACUGGUCCCGCAUCCCCCUACCAAGAUUCUGUCUCUCGCCAUCUCGGUCAACAAGGUUCACGACAAGGUCAAUCUCCUCUCCAAGCAGGGCAUCUAUCCUAUCAAGCUGGUCGCAGCUCUGAUGGUCACGCGUUCAUCCACUCUGGGUCUCAAUACCCUCUAUCUCAUUCAAGGGGUGAUACUCGUCGGAUAUAUCCGAGCGAAGUCCUAG